CAAUAACACCAGAAAAAGUCGCUAAAUUGGCAACACUGAGAUUACGCAGUUUUGAAUUGAUACAUUUCUAUGGAAGCGUUUUAGGGAGGUUUUACUGGUUGCGUUCAAGGCAGUCUUUCUACUACAGUCGCGCUGCCCUAGUUAUUAGACCUCAUAACGCCAAUAUCUCAGGAAACACAAACAUUUUAGCAGUUUAUCAUGUGCGACUGUAGUAAAGACGAUUACGAUAAAGACGAUCUGCAACGCAUCCAUUCGUUUAGAGGAGGAGUUGUGUAGUGGUAGGAAAAGGCUGAACACUUUCUAUCUACAUAAAUAUUUUUAGUAGGUCAGAGUUUCGCUUUCACCCUCUACUCCACAGUGCUCUGUAAAGACUCCCCGGACAGAAAUCGGUGAAAUGGAGAGCAAGAAGGCAGUUUUGUUCAAUCUGUGGGGGGUCGUGGUUUCUCCCAGACCCGCAGAAACUUUCCUCAAAUUCGAAGAGACCCACAAACUCCCCAGUGGUUUUCUGGAGAAGUUGGUGAGAAACGAGGACAGCGCCAUGCAACGCGCAGAGAGGGGUAAACUCACACUCUCUCAGAUGAUCCCAGAGCUUGAUGCAGAGUGUGUGAGUGCAGCGUCAGACCAGAAGGUCAGUCUUCCUGCUGGGUUCUCUGUUAAGAGCCUGUUGGAGGAAGUCAGAGACUCGGCCACGAUCAACACACACAUUCUGCAGACCGUAGCAACGCUCCGCAGACAAGGGUUAUUGACAGGUGUGUUGGCCAACCAGUGGGUGGAUGACAGUGGGUGUGGAGAUAGCUCUGGCCGGCUCCUCUCUCUGCUGGGCGGCCAUUUUGAUGUGGUGCUACAGUCCUGUCGUACCGGCCUCAGGGUCCCAGAGACCGACCUGUUCACCUCCGCUCUCACACAGCUGGGAGUAACUCCUAAACAGGCUCUGUGGUUGGCUGAUGAUGAGGAGGGGGUGGGAGCAGCAGAGGCAGUAGGUAUGACAGCUGUUCUGGUGAAGAACCUGCCUGAAGCUCUGAAACAAGUAGAGACCUUCACUGGAGUACAGGUGGUAACAGGGGAAAGCUACCCAGCCUCUUGCAACCCAGAAGAAGUUUCUCAUGGAUAUGUCACCAUCAAGCCCGGUGUAAAGCUGCACUUUGUGGAGAUGGGGGCGGGGCCUCCAGUCAUGCUGUGUCAUGGCUUCCCUGAGAGCUGGUAUUCCUGGAGAUAUCAGAUCCCAGCUCUAGCUGAUGCAGGGUUUAGAGUGUUGUCUCUGGACAUGAAGGGCUAUGGAGAGUCUACGGCUCCACCAGAUAUAGAGGGGUACUCACAGGAACAGAUCUGCCAGGAUCUUGUGACGUUCAUGGAUAAAAUGGGUAUUCCCCAGGUGACUCUGGUUGGUCAUGAUUGGGGUGGAUCUGUGGUCUGGAACAUGGCACAGUGUCAUCCAGAGAGAGUCAGAGCGGUAGCUUCUCUGAACACCCCUCUGUUCCCUGUGGACCCCUCCAAGGAUCCAAUGGAGUUCAUGAAGACUGUGCCCAUCUUUGACUACCAACUCUACUUCCAGAAACCCGGUGUAGGAGAGGCUGAGCUGGAGAAAGACCUGGCAAGGACCUUCAAGAUCUUCUUCUAUGGCAGUGGAGAUAAGGAUAAUGUUCCUACUAUCAACACUGCUGGAGUUUGUGCCAGAGGUGGUCUGUUUGUAGGACUACCAGAGGAGAUACCCAGGAGUUCUAUCCUCAGUGAGACUGCUCUGCAGUUCUACAUCACUCAGUUCAAAGACAAGGGAUUCAGAGGGCCGUUGAACUGGUACCGUAAUGUUGUGAGCAACUGGAAAUGGCUAUGCUCCCGACCCAGGGCUAAGCUCUUGAUGCCAGCUCUCAUGGUGACCGCUGGUAAAGAUCCUGUUCUGCUGCCUGUCUUCUCCAAGGGAAUGGAAAACAUGAUCCCCAACCUAACCAGAGGACACAUCGAGGAGUGUGGACACUGGACCCAGACGGAGAGGCCAUCUGAGCUGAACACCAUUCUGAUCUCCUGGCUGAAGGACACACACAGCAACACUGGGGUUGCCAAGACACCCAAGCUGUGAACAGUUACCAUGACUGGCCACUCCUCGGAGCCUAGUUCCUGUCUAGGUUUCUUUCUAGGUUCCUGCAGGUUGAUGUUUAUUGGGAUGAGUCUUGUCCUGGAGGCAGAGCGGAGCCAUUUCCACUAGAUAGGCCAGCUGCAA